UGUGACUUCCUCCCACCGCAGCAGCUGGCAGAGCCGGGGCUGCCCCUUCUGCUGGUGCCUCCUUUCAGCCGCGUCUGUCUGGGGUUCCCUUCGUCUGGCCCCGCCCCUCGGGCUGAGCGGGGCGGGGCCAGGCGGUCCCGGAGGCUGCGGCAGGCCGGACAGCGGGAGCAGGUGGAGGGCUGGCGGCGGUCGAGAUCGUGCUGCCAUGGCUCAGCCUCUGGGUCCAGAGCCUCAGCUCCUACCUCUUCCCUCCUUGCCAGCCCCUGAUGUCUGCCAGACUUUUGCCUCUGCCGGAGCCCCUGCCUGACCAGCUUCCCCUCCCUGUCUGGUUGGGAUUUGGGGGCUGAGCUGUCUGGGGUCCCAGGGCCAACCAAUGCAGUGCCGGCUCCCGCGGGGCCUGGCUGGAGCCCUCCUCACCCUCCUGUGCAUGGGGCUCCUGUGUCUGCGGUACCACUUGAACCUGUCCCCGCAGCGGGUGCAGGAGACCCCCGAGCUGAGCCAGCCGAGCCCGGGGCCCCCUGAGCUGCAGCUACACGAUGUCUUCAUCGCAGUGAAGACGACCCGGGCCUUCCACCGCUUGCGCCUGGAGCUGCUGCUUGACACGUGGGUUUCCAGGACCAGGGAACAGACAUUCGUCUUCACCGACAGCCCAGACAAAGGCCUCCAGGAGAGACUGGGGUCCCACCUUGUGGUCACCAACUGCUCCGCGGAACACAGCCACCCAGCUCUGUCCUGCAAGAUGGCUGCUGAGUUCGACACCUUCUUGGCCAGUGGGCUUAGGUGGUUCUGCCACGUGGAUGAUGACAACUAUGUGAACCCAAGAGCGCUGCUGCAGCUGCUGAGAGCCUUCCCACUGGACAGCGACGUCUACGUGGGAAGGCCCAGCCUGAACCGGCCCAUCCACGCCUCAGAGCCACAGCCCCACAACCGCACGAGGCUGGUACAGUUCUGGUUCGCCACCGGGGGUGCUGGCUUCUGCAUCAAUCGCAAACUGGCUUUGAAGAUGGCUCCGUGGGCCAGCGGCUCCCGUUUCAUGGACACAUCUGCUCUCAUCCGGCUGCCUGAUGACUGCACCAUGGGCUAUAUCAUUGAGUGCAAGCUGGGCGGCCGCCUGCAGCCCAGCCCCCUCUUCCACUCCCACCUGGAGACCCUGCAGCUGCUGAGGACUGCGCAGCUCCCAGAACAGGUCACCCUCAGCUACGGUGUCUUUGAGGGGAAACUCAACGUCAUUAAGCUACAGGGCCCCUUCUCCCCGGAGGAGGACCCCUCCAGGUUUCGCUCCCUCCAUUGUCUCCUCUACCCAGAUACACCCUGGUGUCCUCAGCUGGGUGCCCGAUGAAUCCUGAACUGCUGGGCAAAGGUUGGGCAGAGGCUUCUGGGUGUGCCUUGGCUCGCAAGGUGGCACUGAGGGUCCCUGGCAAGUGUCUUGUGAUAGGCAGUCCCUGGCAGGGCCUUCGGGUAGUUGGCAAGCCCAGGAUCUGGGUGACAAUUGGCACUGAAGGCACCCCAGGCCCCUGGGAGGUGAGUUAGACAGCCCAGGGGACCAGGUGGACCAGGUGAUGGCCAGAGAAGCUCCAGGGGCUAGACUCCCUCAGGAGGCUGAACUGAAAAAGGGUAGGGGGCACUUAGCUGGCCUGGGGCUCAGGGGUCCUAACCCUUUAGGCAGUGACAUGGCCUCUGGGUAGGGUCUGGCCCUUGGCCCUGGCUCAUGUCUCUCAGUUAUUCCCCUGGGGCUCAAGCACUGGGCCGCCCACUCCUGCCUCCCUCGCCUGGGUCCUGAGUUCCUGAAGGGAUAUGGAAAUGAUGGCAGAAUCCAGGGUCUGAAGCACCUGCUGUUGUUGCCAACCAGUCUCCCAAAGCUCCUUGCUCCCCACCCCUUGCUAACAGGACCAGAUUUGGUUUGGAUCCUCAGAAUGCUAGGACCCAGAUGAUGGAGCAUAAUGGGUCCCAGCCAAUCGUGAUGAUCCUUUUUGCUCAUUUCCCAGCCUCCCUUGCUGUUAGGGGUUACCAUGGGACCAGCUCUGGCCAGAGGGAACUAAGCAAAUCCAAUAGAGACAUUUCUGGGGAAGGUUUUGCAGCCCACUCCCCAUCUUCCUGCUGUGAAUGUGGGUGUGAUGGCUGGAUCUGGGGCAGCCACCUUGCUACCAUGAAGGAAAGGCCAAGACAAUCAUCCCAGCUAUUCCCUCCAGCAUCUGGUUCUGUACGAAAAUUAAAUGCUUAUUUGUUUAAGUC